GACAGAGAGGAGAAAUUUACCUUCAAAAGCAUGCAAGGUUCGAAAUUCCAAAUAUAGGGCAAUUGUCUUUCUAGAUAAUAUCGCAAGCGGACCUAAUUUCUUAGGGGAUCAAAUAGGGCCACGAUGUUAUGACCCAAGCGAGGCACUGCUGCUGCUGCCUUUUUAAUUCCAUUGAAGCCCACGGCACCCGUUUCUUCUCCAGCCUAUUAAGGUUUCCUCUCCCAUCGAAACCAAAGCUCGGAUCAAGAAAAAUGACGAACUUGAGAAGAGCUCUUAUCAGCGCUUAUCGUGUUGUCAAUUCCUCCACCACAGCCAGCCGGACCUCGAUUACUCCUUUUUCCCCCAUUAUCAGAGAAUCCUCUUUCAGGUCUGAGUAUGGUUUGUUUUCACGUUAUUCAACUCUUAAUGAUAAUGAGACGCGAUUGUUAGAUGUUGAUCUCUCCAACGAAGAAAGCAAAAGGCGUUUGUUUAACAGGCUGUUGUAUAGGAGCAGGCAAAGAGGGUUCCUGGAGCUGGAUUUGGUUCUCGGUAAAUGGGUAGAAGAUCAUAUUUUUUCCAUGGACGAAAGUGGAAUUAAAGCACUUAUUAAUGUCCUUGACUUGGAAAAUCCAGAUCUUUGGAAGUGGUUAACUGGUCAGGAGCAACCCCCAGAGGCUGUGAGCAUAAAUCCUGUCUUUUCUGCGGUGCGUGAUAAGAUCAUUAACAAUCUUAAUAGCCAUGCUGCUCCUGAAACACGAGCUAUAGCUGGACAGCCAUGGGUAAGAGGGUGGGAUGAUAUCAAGAAAAGUCCCGGCAGCCCUGUGGCUGGGAAUCAGUAGCUGUUCUAUUGUUAAGCUGGAAGAUUUAUUGGCUUGCAACAUAUGAAAAAGAAUAAUAUAUUUUGUCAUAUAAUCUACAUAGCGUGAUUUGAACAAGAGCUACUUGCUGUAACGAAGUCAAGAAAUUUAGUGCCCUCUCCAUAUAGGUUCAUGAACCAUUUGCAAGUUGUAUCUUAUAGUGAGAAAUUGUUUCUGUGAAAUGUGUGUUUUAUUUUUGAAAUUGCAUGUUUUCAGCA